ACAUUUAUCAUUUGACAAUUCACAAACACGGAUUCACGGAAUAUUUUCGGCUUUGUCGGUGUUGAAAAUCUUUGGGUGAAAAUAUCAUUUUAGUUUUCUAAAAAAAUGUGAGUGUAGUCUUUAGACUCCCAGAGAUGAUAAGACAAUAUUUAAAAUUCAGAAAGACAAUAACAGUGGUGUGUGUUCUGUCUCUGUUACUUCUGCUAAUUUUGAUAUUAAAAAGAGAUAGUUCAGGUAUCCAUGAUAAAAUUACCGGUUACCAAAGAAUAGCGAAAACCCAGGACCUCAAAGACAUUUCUUACAAAGAAUUUGAACCAGAGCCAAAGAAAGACCAUGUUCCGGUGCUAAAAAUGGAGCCAGAAAGCAAGAAAGAUGACAGUAUGAAGAGAGAGCUACAGGAAGCGAAGGCUCGGAUAGAACAGCUAGAAAAGAAACUGGCAUUCUUAGAAGGAAGGAUCCCUCAGAAAUACCCUGAAGUCAAAUAUCUGGGAUAUAAAGAAAGGAAAAGAAUACUGGUUACAGGUGGAGCAGGCUUUGUGGGCUCCCACCUCGUGGACGUUCUCAUGACACAAGGCCAUGAAGUAAUCGUUGUGGACAACUUCUUUACGGGUCGCAAACGUAACGUCGAACAUUGGUUUGGCCAUCGCAACUUUGAGAUGAUUCAUCAUGAUAUUGUCAAUCCUUUAUAUGUUGAGGCGGACGAAAUAUAUCACUUGGCUAGUCCUGCAAGUCCUCCACACUACAUGCAGAAUCCAGUGAAAACAAUCAAAACAAACACUUUGGGCACCAUUAACAUGUUGGGGCUGGCGAGACGUGUUGGUGCAAGAAUUCUAAUCGCUAGUACAUCUGAAGUCUACGGAGAUCCUAUGGUGCAUCCACAGCCUGAGACCUAUUGGGGGCAUGUGAAUCCUAUAGGGCCUCGUGCCUGUUACGACGAGGGUAAACGAGUGGCAGAAACGUUAGCGUACUCAUAUGCAAAGCAGGAGAAUGUAUCGGUUAGAGUAGCGAGAAUAUUCAACACAUACGGCCCGCGAAUGCACGCGUCUGAUGGCCGAGUAGUGUCCAAUUUUAUUAUGCAAGCGUUGCAGAAUUUAACUAUUACCGUAUACGGUAAUGGAAAGCAGACGCGUUCUUUCUGUUACGUGUCAGAUCUCGUGGACGGACUCCUAUCGUUGAUGGCGUCCAGUUACACUCUCCCCGUCAACAUUGGGAAUCCAGUGGAGCACACUAUAGAAGAAUUCGCAGUAAUAAUAAAGAAUCUAGUCCCCGGGUGCCGAAGCACUGUGGCGACGGGCGCAGCGGUGGAGGACGACCCGCAAAGGAGGCGGCCCGACAUCGCUGUGGCUGAGGCCCAUUUGCAUUGGACACCUAAGGUUUCACUACAAGAUGGGUUACAAAGGACUAUUGAGUAUUUUAGAGAAGAAUUAUCACGGACUACAUUCUACAACAAUCAGACGUACAUGGAUGUAAAAGUUAAACCACGCAAUUAAUAUAAAAUCAUUUGAUAUUCCUUUACAAAUGUGAUAUUAGGAUGUC